AUGCUGUCCCAGUUUGCUCUCGCGGCGUCGGGUGCUUUCCCCGUCACCUACAAAAACUGCGGCGUCGAGAACACGCUCCAGGCGACCCCGGAGAAGGUCGUGACCAUGAACCAGGGCUCGCUCGAAUUCAUGCUCUCCAUGGGCCUCCAGGACCGCAUCGUCGGCACACGUGGCGUCCCCUCCGUCCUCGACCCGAUCUGGCCCAAGUACAAAGAGGCGUACGAAGGCAUCCCGAUCAUGACCGGCGCAGAUGGGAACUCGUACCCGAGCGACGCGGAGGUGAGGACCGCGAACGCUGACUUCAUCUUUGCGGACUGGCGCAGCGCCUUCUCCGAGUACGCCUGGAACAACGACACCAUGCGGCAGUGGGCGUCUGUGGGCGAAUGCGGCGGUAAGAACUCGGACUUCUGGCCCCUCGGCGAGAACAAGACCUACAUCGACAAGGGCCGGGCUCCCGGCUACGAGCGCAAGGGCGAGAUCGAGAGCUAUUGCCGCCCCCAGCUGCACGCCAACGGCAUCGGCACUUUCCUCUCGGCCGUCUCGUGCGAGGACCCGACCCUGCGGGCGAAGCCGACUCAAGAGACACUGUACAAGACAAUCAAGACCAUGGGCGAGAUCUUCAACGUGCCGACCGUGGCCAGCCAGCUCGAAACUGAGAUCAAGAGCGACUUCGCCAUCGCCCAACAGACGCUGCAGAAGGCCGCCGGCCAUUCUCUCACCGCGGUCUGGCUGGACUGCAUCUCCUGCUGCCAGGACGAGCCGGAGCUCUCGGUCUUCGUCGGCUCGGGCGGGGGCGCGCCCCAGAUGAUCAUGCAGGAGGCGGGCUUCACCAACCUCUUCAAAGACCGCGAGAACUCCUGGGCGUGCGUCACCGUGGCCGACAUCAUCAAAGCCGAGCCGGACGUGAUGAUCGUCGUCGAGGCCGGCUUUGACCCAGCGCUCGACAAGAUUGAGUUCAUGCACAACCACGCCGACUUCUGCGACGCGCACUACGUCAAGAACGCCGACUACAUCAAGUUCCCGUUCAGCGCCUCGACGGUUGGCCCGCGUGUCGGCGCCGCCGCCCUCGACAUGGUCGGCGCGGCCCUCAAGGUGACCACGGGCAACACGCCGAUGAACUUCAACUCCGGCGUCGACUUCUUCGACCCGCAGGUGCUUGUGGAACACACGAAGGAUCUCCUCUGCCCGCUACCCGCUGAUUACUGGAAGGUCAAGCCGAACGACGACUCGGAUGGUCUCCCCGCGUGGGCCAUCGCCCUGAUCGCUGUCUUUAGCUCGCUGUUCGUCCUCGUCCUCGGCGGCGCAUGCUACAUCGUCCGCCGCGAGAAGCAGGGCAAGCCCAUCUUCACCGAGGUUGUCAACGACGCCGCGCAGAAGGCGUGA